AUGAACCAGCUCAUCCCGGACCGGCAAGUGAAUCCGCAGGAAGCCUAUCAGGGCCCGGUGUCUUUGCUGAAGGAGGCCUACGAAGAGACCGAAAGCAUGGGUUCCACCACUAUCCUGCUUGCGGUUCUGGACAACAGCACGAAGAUCCAUGGGAAGCUGCACCCCAUGGUUGCAGUGCUGACGAUAGGUGACUGUGAGCUGUUGAUGCUGCGCAGACUCGACGGUCGGCAAUCUCCCUUGCAAGCUGUUUUCCACACAGAGAUGCAGCGGAUCGAUGGCCACUCACAGACGCCGCUGCAAUUAGCGCGUGUCGAUGAUCGGGUAGAUCCCGAUUUCGACGAGGAGCUGGCGCUUGAGGUCAUCGAGCGUGGCAGCGCUGUUCAUUGCGUCUCUGCCUACGAGGGCGACAUCAUCAUUCUGGGAAGCGAUGGGAUUUUCGACAACCUCUUCCUGGAAGAGAUCGUGGACAUUGUGAACGAGUCCUUGCCUGCACCCAAAGCUGGUGGCUUCGUGGCCACCCAACCGAGCCUCCUAAGCCUCUUGGCCAAGCGGCUCGUGGACGAAGCCCAUGGCAAGUCCGAGGUGGGGCGCCAUGGCCUCCCCGACACACCAAUUGGUCUGGGAGGCAAGAUGGACGACACCUCGGUGGUGGUCGGUGAGGCCGCAAAGGAUCGGUGGGGAGUGUUGUUUCAUAUUUUUUUCUCAGCUGGGCGUUGGGUUCUUGAUGGCUUGGCUUUCGGGAAUGAGGAAAACAGUAGGGCUUCUGCUAAUAAAGGGGGGCAAGCCUUCACAUGCCUUGGAGCUUCUUCUCGACUCUUUUCGACCCCAGUUUGA